UUAUGAUACCGUAACUGUUAGAACGAAACUAGGCGAAGUGCUAGGUCUGCGAAGAAUGGUUCUUGGAAAAGAUCUGUAUGAAUUUAGAAAAAUUCCAUAUGCAAGACCUCCGGUGGGAAAUUUACGAUUUGAGAAGCCUCAACCAUACGGGUCAUGGGAAAGUAUUUUAGAUGCCAGGAUGUUCGGUCCCUCUUGUUUCCAAGAUAAAGAUCUUUUAAGAAAAAGCCUUCUUAAUAAAAACAUAUCUGAAGACUGUUUAUUUCUUAACAUAUACGUUCCUUUCAGUGUCUCAACUGAUAACAACAAAUCUGUUUUAGUAUGGAUUCACGGAGGGAGUUAUGCUUCUGGUCAAGGAUCGUUAAAUGAUGGAGCCAUGUUGGCAGUAACUGGUGACGUUAUUAUCAUUACUAUUAAUUAUAGACUUAAUAUUUUUGGCUUUUUGAGCUUGGAUGGUUUUCCUGGAAAUUAUGGAUUAUGGGAUCAGAUUAUGGCUAUUCAAUGGGUCAAGGACAAUAUACCAUCGUUUGGAGGUAACAGUAAGUCUAUAACUAUAUCCGGUGAAUCGGCUGGAGGUUUCAGUGUCGGUUUGCUGUCAAUUGCUCCUUUAAAUAAAGGCUUGUUUCAGAGAGCAAUACUUCAGAGUGGCACGGCCCUUUCUUCGUAUGCAGUAGGAAAGGUUACAAAAUCAGCUUCAUUUCAAGCAGCGGCAUAUGUGAACUGUACUGACAAUCAGGCCUAUGUUUUAGCACAAUGUUUGAAAGAAGCUCCUGCAAGUGCUCUGUACUCAGCUUUCCGUCUCAUUCAAAGUGGAACAUAUUUACAGUUUGCUUUUGCUCCCGUUGUUGAUGGUGCUUUGCUGUUAGAUGAUCCACUGAAUCUGAUGACCAAUUCAAGUUCAGUGGAUGAUCAUGAUCAUGAUUAUGAUUAUGAUCAUGAGAGAGAGAGAGUAACAUGUGUCAUGGUUAUGAUUUAA